AUGGCAUCGGCUGGAGACCCCCCGACAGGCCAGCGAGAUGCUGCGGACCAGAACUUCGACUACAUGUUCAAGCUGCUGCUCAUCGGCAACAGCAGCGUGGGCAAGACGUCCUUCCUGUUCCGAUACGCCGACGACUCCUUCACGCCUGCCUUUGUCAGCACCGUGGGCAUCGACUUCAAGGUCAAGACAGUCUACCGCCACGACAAGAGGAUCAAGCUGCAGAUCUGGGACACGGCGGGCCAGGAGCGCUACCGUACCAUCACCACAGCCUACUACCGCGGAGCCAUGGGCUUCCUGCUCAUGUAUGACGUUGCCAACCAGGAGUCCUUUGCUGCAGUGCAGGACUGGGCCACGCAGAUCAAGACCUACUCCUGGGACAAUGCUCAGGUCAUCCUCGUGGGGAACAAGUGUGACCUGGAGGAUGAGCGUGUCGUGCCCACCGAGGAAGGCCGGAGGCUCGCCGACGACCUUGGUUUUGAGUUCUUCGAAGCCAGCGCCAAGGAGAACAUCAACGUGAAGCAGGUCUUCGAGCGCCUGGUGGACGUCAUCUGCGAGAAGAUGAAUGAGUCCCUGGAACCCAGCUCUAGCCCUGGCAGCAAUGGGAAAGGCCCGGCCUUGGGGGACACCCCAGCCCCGCAGCCCAGCAGCUGUCCCUGCUAG